GAGGUUUUCGCGUGCAUGAUAAAGAAUUUGUUCGAGGAAUAUCGAUUUUUUGGUCAAUAUCCAGAGAAAGAACUUCAUACAACUGCUCAAUUGUUCGGCGGUGUAAUUCGUGAGAAUUUGGUCAGCGGCAUGCCAAUUCUCUUUGCUCUGAGGGUUGUGAUGGACACAUUGCGCAAGGAACCUGGUUCGAAAUUGCAUGACUUUGGCAUUACUGCGAUUGACCAAUUCAAAACCCGACUGAAGGACUAUCAGCGUUAUUGCCAGGCCGUUAUGUCGCAGGUGUUGCACUUUGGUCAAUUUCCACGCAAUCUUAUUCAGUACAUUCAGUACGGUGCGCGCGGCGAAGAGCCUCCUUCUCAUGUACUUACAAACGAGCCUACCGUCCCACCGCAGCUCCCUUCUCUCAGCAGUAUGUUGGGCCACGUGACACAACUCUCUUCUCUGCACAGCGUGCCUUUACCAUCGGUGUCGUCAACCGCGCCAUCAGGCACCAGUGUCGUUGUCGCUGCUCAGCCUUCCUCUCACAUGUCAUCGACGGAUUCGUUGAAGCCUAAGCCAACAUUGACCGCAACUAACAUUGAUACCCUUGUCAGUGCUACUGAAAAGGAAGAAAGCAAAGUUCUGGUGCCUCCUGAAUCUACCCACGAAAAGGUGGCGUUUCUGUUCAACAAUCUCAGUCAAGCAAAUCUACCACAGAAGGUGUCUGAAAUGAAAGAACUUUUGGUUGAUGACCAGUACUUGCCAUGGUUAGCUCAGUAUCUCGUUAUGAAGCGCGUAAGUGCCGAAUCCAACUUUCACAACUUGUAUUCAAAUUUCGUUACCGCAAUGGGCAACAGGACGUUUAACUCAUUGAUUUUAUUGGAGACUUACAGGAAUAUCAAAAUAUUACUUCGAUGCGACAAAGUUAUGGCGAACUUUUCUGAUCGAACAUUGUUGAAAAAUCUAGGACACUGGUUAGGAUUAAUUACAGUUGGCCAGAAUAGGCCUAUUCUACAACGGGACCUCGAUCUUAAGACGUUGCUUUUCGAAGCAUUUUGGAAAGGCCAACAAGAGCUGCUUUACGUAGUUCCGUUUGUUGCAAAAAUAAUGGAAUCCUGUCAGAAGAGCAAGAGUUUAAAACCGGACAAUAUAUUGAAAAACAACCAAAACAUCAUAUCCGACCGUAUUAUGAAGGAUCCUCAGUUAUGUAAUCCAGCAAAGUUGGAGAAGCCUACACUCGCUGCAGCGUUGGACGUGUCUCCUGUGCCUCAUGUUCAGAUGACACCAGUUCCUGGCGGUUCAUCUUCUAGUAUACCUUUGGCUUCAGUGCCAUGCGAUGAAGCGGGCGUUAUCGCCGCAUCAGCCGCGGCUGCCGGACCGACUCCACCUCGUUUCAGUUAUCAUGAGAUUUACAUUAACAGCACUCAAGGACUUAUGCCGCAUGUCGCUAUCAAUGCUUCGCUACCUCUGUUCCAGCUGAACCCGCCUUUAAAGCACAUUGUCAGGCCAGCGAUAGAGCACGCAGUGCGGGAAUUGCUCACGCCUGUGGCCGACAGAGCUUUGAAGGUCGCCUUAACUACCACCGAAAACAUCGUGAAGAAGGUUUAUUUCAGUAUUGCGAUCGCUUUGCUUUGUGUUCAUGUACCUUCGUCUUCUAAGACAUGCGCGUUACUGCCUGACCAACUAUAGUC